ACGAGGGAAAGAUGUUUAACUCGGUGAAUCUGGGCAACUUCUGCUCCCAGACGCGCAAAGACCGGACAUCCGACUUUGGGGACAGAACGGGUUGCGCCUCCAAUAUCUACCUCCCAAGCUGCACAUACUAUGUCCCCGAAUUUUCUGCCGUCUCUUCGUUCCUUCCUCAGGCCCCUUCGCGGCAAAUCACCUACCCUUAUUCCACGAAUCUGUCUCAAGUACAGCCGGUACGUGAGGUUUCGUAUGGACUGGACCCUUCCAGCAAAUGGCACCACAGAAGCAACUAUGCAUCCUGCUAUUCAGGAGAGGAUUUGGUGCACAGAGACUGUCUUCCGCCAUCCACCAUGACAGAAAUGCUCAUGAAAAACGAGAGUGUGUAUAGCCACCACCAACAUCACCCGAACUCCAACCACCCUGCGUCCGGGUUCUACUCUGGAGUGGGCAAAAACAACGUUCUUCCGCAAGGCUUUGAUCGUUUUUUCGAGACUGCAUAUUGUGGAACGGAGAGUCAGUCAGACAGUUGUUUACAAAAGACUGAGCCGAGUAAACUGGACUCGGCGCCCCAGCAGCCCGCCGCUGUAUCGGGUUCUCAAGAGCAGAAAAAGGACACUAACGAUGGAGAGGAACAUACAACUUCGAACUCAUGUAGCUCCUCGGCUACUAAGGACGGCAACGGCAACAAGAACAGUCACUCGAGUACUCCACGAACAAGGAAGAAGAGAUGCCCAUACUCCAAGUUUCAGAUUCGUGAACUGGAGCGAGAGUUUUUCUUUAACGUUUAUAUCAACAAGGAGAAAAGGCUCCAGUUAUCCAGGAUGCUAAAUCUCACAGAUAGACAAGUCAAAAUCUGGUUCCAGAAUCGGAGAAUGAAAGAAAAGAAGCUAAGCAGAGAUCGAUUGCAAUACUUCUCUGGAAAUCCCUUGUUAUAAUUGAACAUUUCGCUGGGUGUCAAUGUUCGUUACACCUAUUGUUACUGUGGUACAUGGUUAGGCCAUUUCACAUCAUGAACAACCCGAAAAUCAGUUUGUCAGCAUUUACAAUGGUAUCGUUCGUAGCAACAGCAAGCGAAUGCAUUUAUUUGUCAGUAGCAUAAAAGAGUAGUUGUUCGUGAUUGCAUUGUAAGUGCAUUUAAAACGAUUUGCUGUUUACUGUAAAAUAGUCCUUUAUGUUCGGUUAUUGUCUAGCCCACUCAUGUCAUAUGUAAAUCCCCACUCCUCUAUUUUUUUUGUUUUGUUUUGUUUUAUUGUUCAUAGCACACCUUAUGUGUUAGUUACUUGUAUGCUACGAAACUGUCUUUUUGGUUGUGGAAUAUUUGGCAGCCCUUGACUUUUAUGUGUAUGUGGUCAUUGUAUAUAUGUAACAUAAUCGCAGAUACUCGAUUCGGACUUCGGACUUGAAUCUUUCCAAAAAAAAUGCAAAUUUUUUACAUUUUAGCCAUCGAGAACUGUGACGUGUAAAAUCUGUAAUAAUGUUUUCUUUGUACAGAGACUAUGCAAAGUGCAUUCGUGACUGUAAAUAUAAGUUUAUUUCGAAUUUCUUUCCUUUCUCCCUGCUGCUAUUUUCAUUAUAUUGCCGAGGCAAACACAAGAGCUUUAAAUUUCGUUUCUAAAUUAUUUGCUUUGUGCUUGAUGUUUUCUUGUCAUGCGGUCGGAGAGAAAGAUUACA